AUGAAAACAAAUUAGCUUUGUCAAAUUGAUAUUCCUAAAAAUUAAUAUUCAAUUAAUGCGCCAUCAAACUAACACUAUAAUUAUAAAUAUCUAAAGGAAAAAAUUCUACCUGGCCUUACUCCUAUAAACUCUCCUGAUUUAUCACCUUAGAUAUCAUUAAAUUAGAUAGAAGAUCCAGCAUUUGCAAAUAUUAAAAUGCUAAAAAUUGAUUAAGAAAGUAAGAAUAAUUUUUCUAUGAACUAAUUUUCUCAAUUAAGAUAUGGCAGCAGAGUUAUACAUAAAGAACAACAUAAGGCUGAGUUUGAUAAUCUAAAUAAUUGUGAGGCAGAAAACGAUGAGAAAGAGUAAUAAACAGGUAUUGUACAUGUUUCUAAUUACCAUAAAAAAUAAACUGAAGCCAAAAAAUCAGAAGACCUUGCUUCAGAGCUAUAAGGAUUUGAAUAAGAAGUGUAUGGUACAAGCAACAAAUCUACUGAAUCAAAAUUUAGUGUUUUACAAAAAUUUAGUACAACCAAUAAUAAUAAAUUAGAAUUUCAAGACAAUUCUUUAGAGUUUUACAAUAUAAAUGAAACCUAAAAGAAAAAAGUUAUGGAAUUAAAAAGUAUUAUUGCUUAAAAAAUAGAAACAAACACUUUAUAACAGAAAAUAUUCAAAAAAUUUGAUAAUUUUACUAUUUUAAAAUUUUUGAAUGCAAGAGAUGGAUCGAUAAAGGAUGGUUGCUAGAUGUUUAUAGAUUUUUUAUAAUGGAGAAUAGAUAAUUAAGUUGAAAAUAUUAACGAAUUUUAGUUUUAGGAGUACGAUUAAGUUUAGAAUGUUUACCCUCACGGAUUCCAUGGGUAUGAUAAUGAAGGAAGACCAAUUUGGAUUGAAAAUUUAGGAAAGUUAAAAUUAAAAGAGUUGAUGAAAAUAACGAAUGAAGAAAGGUUGAAAAAAUACUUUAUUUAAAAUUUUGAGUAUCUAGUAAAUGAAGUAUUUCCUGCUUGUAGUAAAAUGUUUUAAAAGCCAAUUUACUAAUAUAUCAUAAUACUUGAUAUGAAAGAUCACAAUUUAAGCUUGAAUGAUCUUAAAAGUUUUUUGAAUAUGACAUCGAAUAUCACAAAAAAUAACUAUCCAGAAAUACUAUAUAAAAUGUACAUUGUUAAUACAAGCUCUUUGUUUUCUUUUCUUUGGAAAGGUGUCAAAUAUAUUUUGAAUGAAAAAACAAGACUCAAAGUUGAGAUUUUAAGUAAUUAAUUUUUAAAAUCUGUAAAUGGAAAGAUUAAAAUAGAAAACAUUCCUUUGUUUUUAGGUGGAUCUUGCUAACACUGUGUCUAGAUACAAAAGGAAAUAGAUAAAAAUUAAAAGUAUUUAUCUAAAAAGAUAUGUAGCUUGUAAUCAAAUUGA